AUGGCAAGCCCAUCUAAUGGGAGCGUCGAGGGGAUUAAUGAAGAAGCCAAAUACGAUCUCAGUUCUAUCUUGCGCUCAGCAGACAUGGAUUACCUUAUUCGCAACAAUGGUGACCAGGUUAAAAUUGAUAAUUUGAAGGGGAAAACAGUUGGGUUGUAUUUCUCCGCAUCAUGGUGCGGGCCAUGCCAGGGGUUCACCCCAAAUUUAGUCGAGGCCUACAAUGAACUCAAACAAGUUGACAAAUUUGAGGUCAUCUUCAUAUCUGCCGACCAAGAUGACGAGUCGUUUAACUCUUAUUUCUCUAAAAUGCCCUGGCUUGCAGUCCCGUUUUCCGAUACAAAGACACGCGAAAAAUUGGACAAGACGUUUAGUGACGAUGGGAUACCUCAUCUCGUGUUUUUGGAUUACAGUGGGAAAUUACCGAGGAAGGCGUACGAAUAA